AUGAUGGGUGAGGGAAAGAAGGCUGAUUACAUUGUGACCGGUCAAUGGAGUGAGAAGGCCGCUAAGGAAGCUGCUAAGUACGGUGAUGUGAACGUUGUUGUUAACACUAAGCCCGAGAAGUUCACUCAUGUCCCUCGUCUGUCUGAGUAUAAGGAUAAACUCAGCUCCGAUGCUAGCUACGUGUACUACUGCAUGAACGAGACUGUCAAUGGUGUGGAGUUUGACUACGUUCCUGAAGUUGGUGACAAGCCGCUCGUCUGCGAUAUGAGUAGUAACUUUAUGUCGAGGCCUAUCGACUUCUCCAAGUUUGCUGUUGUUUACGCUGGUGCCCAGAAGAACCUCGGCCCUGCUGGUGUCACUGUUGUAAUUGUAGAUGAGAAGUAUUUGGGUAAUGAGAUGCCCAUCACUCCCACCUAUAUGAACUGGGCUACCAUGGCUAAGGCUGGUUCGAUGUAUAACACCCCUGCAUGCUACGCUAUCUACAUGACUGGCUUGUAUCUCAAGUACACAAAGGCUCACGGUGGACUAAAGCACUGGGAUGAUCUCGCUGAGAAGAAGUCGGGUCUUCUUUAUGGUGCCAUUGAGGAGAGUAAUGGAUUCUACAACGCUCCUGUUGCCAAGAACGUUCGCUCCCGUAUGAACGUCCCCUUUGUAAUCAAGGAUAACGAUGAUGACUUGAAGAAGAAGUUCCUCGCUGAGGCUAAGGAGGUCGGUCUCGUCACCUUAUCUGGUCACAGGAGUGUUGGUGGUCUCCGAGCCAGUCUAUACAACGGUAUGCCUCUGGAGGGUGUACAGCGUCUCGUCGAAUUCAUGCACAAGUUCUACACCGAGAACAAGUAG